AGCACGCUCGGUCCUGAGCUCAGAGAGAAGCCGGAAGAGAAGAUGACGGUCCAUAACCUGUACAUAUUUGACCGUAACGGCACCUGUCUUUACUACAACGAGUGGAACCGAAAGAAGCAGGCGGGGAUCUCCAAGGAGGAGGAGUUUAAGCUUAUGUACGGGAUGCUGUUCUCCAUCCGAUCAUUCGUCAGUAAGAUCUCUCCUCAGGACAUGAAAGAUGGCUUCCUGUCCUUUCAGACCAGUAAGUACCGUCUCCAUUAUUAUGAGACUCCCAGCGGGCUGAGGUUCAUCAUGAACACGGACCUGUCUGUGACCAACGCCAGAGAGACGCUGCAGCACAUCUACAGUAACCUGUACGUGGAGUUCAUCGUGAAGAACCCGGUGUGCGUUCUGGGUCAGAGUUUGGACAGCGAGCUGUUCAGCAGUCGUCUGGACGCCUUCGUCAGAGCGCUGCCGUACUACAGCCCACGAGCUGCCUGAUACAGGAAACACAGACAUGAAUGUACGGCAGCCCUGCGAGGACAUGCAUCCUGACAUGUGGUUCCCCAGGCUCGUUAGGUUAAAUGGCCAGUCUAAAUUGCUCGUAGGAGUGAGUCUUAGCAUGCCUGGUUGUUUGCUUCUAUAACCCAGCCCUGUGAUUGGCUGAUGACCACUUACUCACCUAACGAAGGCGGGAUAAGUGUCUAGAACAUGGAUGGGUUUUUCCCAUGAUUCCUUGAGGGUUAUGCAUGAAUCAGUGAGCGGGAAAGACUGAAGAUGGCUGAAACUCAUCGUCCUGGGAGUUAAAUCAGAGGUUGUGACGUUUGUCCUCUCAGGGCUUCCGUAGACACCAGCUCAUACGUGUUGUUAUUUAUUGUGAACACAUUUCUCUGUUUCUAAUCUCUGUCCUCAUGGUUUUUUACAUGUGUUAUUAAACGUUUCAAACUCA